UCUCCUUCCUCUCUCUCUUCCCUCCGUCCGCUGCUCGUCUCUUUCCAUCUCAUCACGUCAAAAGUCCGUACAAAUCUCCUUCUCGUCCCUCCUCUCAUCUAAACCAGAUACCUCGGAGCGCUGCCCGCUGUCUCAAACCCUAACGUCUCUCCCUCUUUAAUACCCUACCACGUUGCGAGAAACCCUCGCUCCCUCUCCGCCCUAAUCCGCCCCCGAUUCGAACCUUUCUUCCCCUUUACAAUUGCCGGCCGGUAGGAGCGAGCGAUAGGUCCUUUCUUGGUAGCCUCUACUACUGCCGUUGUUUGGGCCUCGGGAUCGGAUCCGAGCCGUUCGAUCUGCGAGGAUGGACGCGCGGGAGCCGCUGCCGCCGUCGGUGUCGACGACGGGGCCGGGGGGAAAUGAUGGGCCUGCAAAUGAAGAUGGGCCGCUCUCCGACGCGGAGAGGCUGGCCAAGGAGGCCGCCGUCCUUUUCCACAGCCGGCGCUUUUCCGAGUGCAUCAAUAUCUUGAAUCAGCUCUUGCAGAAGAAAGGCGAUGAUCCGAAGGUUCUUCAUAACAUUGCUGUUACAGAAUAUUUCCGUGAUGGUUGUUCUGAUCCAGGGAAGCUGCUUGAUGUGCUCAAUAAGGUUAAGAAGAGAAGUGAAGACCUUGUUCGUGCUUCUGUAGAGCGGAUGGAAGUUGGAAGCAACAUAAAUAGCAGUGCAACCUCAGGAUCUAAUGUCAAUAGUACUGUGCUGCCUCAAUUGCUUGCUCCAAAUACUGACAACAUUAUUCAUGCAGAUGACUAUGACACUUCUGUUGUAGUUCUGAACAUUGCAGUCAUUCUCUACCAUCUCCAUGAAUAUGCACUUGCUUUAUCAGUUCUACAACCAUUAUAUCAAAAUAUAGAACCGAUUGACGAGGCAACAGCUCUUCAUGUAUGCCUUCUUUUACUGGAUGUUGCAUUAGCUUGCCAAGAUGCAUCAAAAGCUGCA